UGUGUAAAGGUGAAAUUUUUACUUUGCUUACACGUUAGUGCUAGUUUUCAAAGACACAAAAAUGGCUGGAGUUGAGAACGGUCACGCAGCACUGUCAUCGGCGAUGACUGCCGUCUUUCCAGAGGCACAUACGCCGCUGUCUGCUGCUGACCCGGAGCUGCACGCGUUGAUCGAGGAUGAGAAAGCGCGUCAGUGGAAGGGGAUUGAGCUGAUUGCGUCUGAAAAUUUCACGUCGCUCCCGGUGAUGGAGGCGCUCGGGUCUUGCCUGACGAACAAAUAUUCUGAGGGACAACCCGGCGCUCGUUACUAUGGUGGCAAUGAAAACAUUGAUAAAAUUGAGCUGCUGUGCAAGAAGCGCGCCCUUGAGGCCUUUGGCCUGUCGCCCGAGGAGUGGGGCGUCAACGUGCAGCCUUACUCCGGCAGCCCCGCCAACUUCGCCGUAUACACGGCGCUGCUGCAGCCGCACGACCGUAUCAUGGGUCUGGACCUGCCCAGUGGCGGGCACCUCACGCACGGGUACUACACCCAGGGCAAGAAGAUCAGCGCCACAUCCAUCUUCUUCGAGUCACUGCCCUACAAGCUCAACCCCCAGACCGGCCUGGUGGAUAUGGACAAGCUGGAGGAGAAGGCGACGGAGUACCGGCCAAAGAUCAUUAUCUGCGGCGCGUCCGCCUACCCGCGCGACUGGGACUACAAGCGCUUCCGUGAGGUGGCGGAUAAGGUCGGCGCACUGCUGAUGGUGGACAUGGCGCACAUCAGCGGUCUGGUUGCCUCCGGCACGCUUGCGUCGCCCUUCGAGUUCGCCGACAUCGUGACCACCACGACGCACAAGUCCCUGCGCGGGCCGCGGGCCGGCAUGAUCUUCUUCCGCCGGGGUCCCAAGCCGGCUGCUCGCCUGCUUAAGGGCGAGACGGAGGGCGCCCUGUACGAGUUCGAGGACAAGAUCAACUUCGCGGUGUUCCCCUCGCUCCAAGGCGGGCCGCACAACCACCAGAUCGGCGCCCUGGCGGUGGCGCUCAAGUACGUGGCCACACAGGAGUUCAAGCAGUACUCAACACAGGUGGUGGCCAACUGCCGGUCCAUGGCCAGCACGCUGCUCAAGCGCGGCUACAAGCUCGUGACGGACGGCACCGACAACCACCUCAUCCUCUGGGACCUGCGUCCCGAGGGUGUCACCGGCUCCAAGAUGGAGAAGGCAUGCGACCUGUGCCACAUCACACUCAACAAGAACGCGGUGGUGGGCGACCUGUCGGCCAUGAACCCCGGCGGUGUGCGCAUUGGCACGCCUGCCAUGACGUCCCGCGGUCUGAAGGAGGAGGACUUCGUGCAAGUGGCCGAGUUCCUCCACGAGGUGCUCGAGGUGUGCAAGCAGGUGCAGGCGGUCACGGGCAAGGCGCUUAAGGACUUUGUGAAGGGCCUGGAGGGCCACCCAGCCAUUGCCGACAUCCGCUCGCGAGUGGAGGCCUGGUCCAGCCGCUUCCCCAUGCCGGGCUUUGUGGCCCCUGGCGCGCCGGGCUCGAACUAAGGCGGCGAAGGCAGGGUGGCGGCGGCUGCGUGGCGGAGUGCAAGUGGGUUGUCCUGCGGCCCGACCUGCAAGCAGAAGAGAAUGCUUUCCUGUCUACAUGGCUAAUGGACAACGAUGGCGCAAUUGGGCAAGCAGGCGGUUGGCACGGCACGGCGUGCUGGCUACCGGUGGAUUGUGCUCGGAUUGCACAGCAGCGGCGGCGGAGGCGACACAGUGAGGCUUGGCAUAAGGGCAAUUCCAUUACUUGAGAAGUUGAGAUCAGUCCGGGAUGGCUUGGCGCACAGUUUGCACGCUGAAAAGGAGCUGUCGGCUGUGGCCCGCGGGUGUUAUGUUUGGUGUGCGAGGCUUCAUUGCUUGCUCUCGGUUAUUGGGUUUUGUGCCCUUCUUAUCGUGUCGGCGUAGUAGGACGUCUGGCGUGAAGGCCAGCGGUUCCCGGCAUUGCAGUGUUCAGGAGGUUUGGAUGUAGUAGGUCGGAUGCAUUCCGUGCUCCGGGCGCUUUUUGCGCUCUGGAUGCAUUUGGGCCGUGCAUGUGGUUUAGGCAGUGGGUGGUUGCGUGCUGCAAUGUCGCAGGCUGCUUUGUACAUAUGUUUGAAUUGGCUGUUGGCGUGCGCGCGUAAUGCCCAACGGAAUUGAGCGUUACUGUGCCGUCGGCUUCAUCAGUUGAUUCGCGUGGGCAUUCCAUGGACUCUUUUUGCGCUAUUAUGCUUGCUUGCUCUUCUUGAAUCGAUUGCGCGUCUGGUAACACUUGCUCCCAUUCAUGUACUGCCUUGGUAUGUUGUGCCGGGCAAGUUGACCAACUACUCAUCAUAAUGCCCAUGACAGACAAAAACACAAAACACGUCAAACGACUGUUUCUCGUGGGUCUGUGACCGUGCGUACGGAACGUUGACGUGCGUUAGCCGCUAGGUAUCCCACGCUCUGCACUUUCUGUGUGGGAUGCUGCUGAAACAAUACGAGCCGUAGCAGGGCGGUUACUGUGGUCUGUUGUGCCCUCUACCGUCCUGCAUUAGUAAUUGCCGCCUUGAUCUGCGUCCUGGUGCAGCGUUAAGUGGAGAGCUAGGAUACCGUAUGGGGCC